AAUAGAUUAAGAUUUAAAAACAAAUUGAUCAAGAACUCUAAAUUUUUCUAAAUUAUAUCACCCAUUUUCCUUUAUUUUUUUUUUCUGUAACUUUUCAUCACCACCAUCAUCCCCAUCAUGAAACCCCCAAUCACUUCUCCCUCCCCUCGCUCUUCGCACUAUCUGUUCCCCCGUCUCUUCUCAACCUAGACGUUGCUACUCCCCCCCCCAAAUCCCGGAUGCCUUCGCGGCCCGUUGCUCCGCCGUCUCCGCCGAGCCCAGCCUCCCGCCGCCACCAUGCCGCCUUCCUCGCCGUCGUCUCCGCCUCCUCCGCCCUUCUCCUCCUCGUCCUCCUCCUCGCCCUCUUCCUCCUCCUCUUCUACCUCUAUCGCUCCCUCCGUCACGCCCGCGCCCGCGACCGUACCCUCCCCCUCGACUCCCCCGCCGUUUCCUCCCUCCGCCGCUUCUCCUUCCGCGACCUCCGCUCCGCCACCGCCUCCUUCGACCCCUCCCGCUCACUCGGCCGCGGCGCCUCCGCCGAGGUCUUCCGGGGCCUCCUCCCCGACGGCAAGUCCGUCGCCGUCAAACGCCUCGACCUCCCCUCCUCCUCCUCCCCUUCCUCCUCCCCUCCCUUCUCGUCCUCCGACCGCGAGUUCCACAACGAACUCCACGUCCUCGCCUCCCUUACGCCCUCCCCCUUCGUCGUCUCCCUCCUCGGCUACUGCCUCGACGGCCCCCGCCACCGCCUCCUCGUCUACGAGUACAUGCCCAACGGCAGCCUCCAAGAAACCCUCUUCUCCUCCUCCUCCUCCUCCUCCUCCGAUCAUCAUCAUCAUCCCGUCCUCAACUGGGAUCGCCGCUUCGGCAUCAUCCUCGACGUCGCCCAAGCCCUCGCCUUUCUCCACCUCGAGUGCGAUCCCCCGGUUAUCCAUGGCGACAUCAAGCCCAGCAACAUUCUCCUCACUGCCGACUUCCGCGCCAAGAUUUCCGACUUCGGGCUCUCCCGUAUCAAGACCGAGGCCGAUCUCGCCGCCGGCCCCGGCACCGAACUCUUCAGCCAGGAGCUCUUUUCCGGGAGCCCCCAGGUAGACUUCGCCCUGGCCCUCCGCGCUUCUUCUUCCAAUUCUUGCAAAAAUUUCAAUCCCAUGCAGCUCGUAAGUGGUAAUCCUAAUACUAGUAGCAGUCCCAAGGGGAAGGAGGCGGCUGCUACCACGGCGGUCUCUUCUUCCCAUGACGAGCUUUGUAGCAUGGAGCAUAGUAAGGAAUUGAUCGGGAAUUCGCCACUGGAUGAUGGCAAGACAGAGGCGAAUGGGCAGUGGGGGAGGGACUGGUGGUGGAAGCAGGAUGGUAGUGGAGAAUUGAGUAGCAGGGAUUAUGUCAGGGAGUGGAUUGGGAGCCAGAUUUGCCCAUCGAGCAAUGCAGACUGGGAUGAUGCGAGGAAGAACUCCCCCGAGAAUUGUUUUGAGUCCAGGAAUUCGAGUCAGCCGGAGAGAUUGGAUGGUGGGGAUGACACGCUUUUCAGGAAGCUGGGGGACAAACAGAAGAAAACUAUUGAUGGUCGAGAUAAGAAGAAUAGGAAGAUGAGGGAGUGGUGGAAGGAGGAAUACUUUGCAGAGAUUAGCAAGAAGAGUCAUAGCAAAAGAGGUCCCAAAUGGUUCCGAUCGAUUAGCAGCCGGGGCGAAGUGAACAGUAGUAAUAACAGCAACUAUGAUGCUGGUAGAAGGGGUCGUGAAUCAAAUAUGGAUAUAAGCUUUAGAAAGGGUUGGAAGAAGAAGAGGAGUCGAUCGGUGGGAAGCGACUUGUUUAGUGGUGAUCUGUUAAGUAGAGAGCUUAGUAGCACGACAAGCAUGAGAGGAACCGUUUGUUAUGUUGCUCCAGAGUAUGGUGGAUGUGGGCAUCUGAUGGAGAAGGCCGACAUUUAUAGUUUUGGGGUUCUGAUCCUUGUGAUAGUCUCCGGGAGACGGCCUUUGCAUGUGCUAUCGUCGCCGAUGAAGCUGGAGAAAGCGAACCUUAUAACCUGGUGCAGGCACUUGGCUCAGACAGGCAAUAUUUUGGAGCUUGUGGAUGAGAAGUUGAAGAACUCGUAUAACAAAGAGCAGGCAAACCUUUGCAUUAAUCUGGCUCUCUUGUGCUUGCAGAGGAUGCCGGAGUUGAGACCAGACAGUGGAGACAUUGUCAAAAUUUUGAAAGGAGAGAUGGAGCUUCCAGUGGUCCCUUUUGAAUAUUCUCCUUCUCCCCCUGCAAAGCUCAUCUGUAGGUCACGGAGAAAAACUACACCAGAUGCAGAGUAAGAAUCUUCCAUUCUCUUUGUGUGGCAUCUAAGGAGCUCUAUGUAGAGAAGAAAUGUAUGUGGUUUUUUAUAACAAUACCUUGCUAAAUGAAGCUGGGUGAUACGAUUAGAAUGUUGUUUUGUUUCAUCUGGUUUAGAUAUGGUUUCUCCCUGAUUGGAAAAGAGAUGGUAGUUAAGCUAUUGCUUCAUACCGCAAUUCUUUUCUACUUGUAUGUCCCAUUUCUUUGGUUGAGCAAUAAUUUUCAGGACCUGUCAAA